AUGAAGGCCUUAAUCAGGAGAGAAUUCCAGACCUCAAGGUGCAACGAAAUUAAAGCUCGAACAAAGGAGAAACAGUGGACAGUGGCAAUCUCCGACAUACCCGACUGGCCAAGAAUCGAAGCCGUUGCUGAGUUUAGACUACGUACCGGACACGAUUGCUUGGCUAAACACCUUCACAGAUUGGGAUUAUACACUCAACCCACAUGCCCUCUAUGUAACCUACAGGAGGAAAUGGAGAAGACCCACCUGAUUCAGUGUCCAGCCCUAAAGACAAAGACGGAAAGCCAGAGAUACUGGGAAGCAAGAAGACAGCUUAUGAAUUGCUAUUAA